AUGGCGCCAGACCUGAAGUACACGAAGCAUCACUACGGUGCCGAGAGCGAUCUCCAAGUGCUCGGCGUAUGGGAUGUCGAUGCUCAUAACAGAUCCAAAGUCUGGGUGAUCUAUAUCCACGGCGGUGCCUGGAGAGAUCCGCGAAUCAUCCAUGAAACAUUCGCGCCGACCAUCAACGCCAUACUGUCCGAGGACGGCAGCUCCGCAGGUCUCAGGGACAGAAUAGCAGGCUUCGCCUCUCUAGACCACCGGCUGAGCCCUCAUCCAGAAUUCCCGCAAGACCCGGCCAGCACACCGCCAAAGGAGCUACGCAAGGCACGACAUCCCGAUCACAUCGAUGACGUGAGGUCGGGCAUCGCGUUUCUGCAGAAGGAGUACGGGUUCAGCAGCAACUACGUCCUGGUGGGCCACUCGGCGGGCGCCUGUCUGGCAUUCCAGCUCGUCGCAACUCCAGCCGCAGCAGGCUACAUGCCCGAAGCCAUCGUCGGGAUAGCUGGGGUCUACGACUUCACGGGCAUCAGCGCGCGGUCUGGGGGCGCAUAUGCUGGGUUCCUGACAGCGGCAUUCGGGGAUCCGGCCGGAUGGGACGAGGUGGCCCCAAUGAAGUUCUCUCACAAUUUCGCGGAGUACUGGAAGGGAAUUGCGAUACUGGCCUCGUCAAAGAACGACGAGUUGGUCGAUGAGCACGAGAUAGAUGGUAUGGCUGCCAAGCUACGAAAGGACGGUUGUCGCUUGGUUGUCUACAAGGACGUUCGGGGGUCGCAUCAUGAAUGCUGGGAGAAGGGCACCGAUAUUGCUCGGCUCGUCGCUGACACGUUUAAGAAAAUUCAGACAUGA